AUGAACUUGCACCACAGCAAAGGCGCCUCGGCGAUUCUGUCGAGGAAACAGGCUGCGGUGCACACAGCCAUUUCACUGAUACAAGAGCCUUGGCUCGUCCGAGGCCGUAUCAGUGGCGUGGCAGCAUGCGGGAGGUUAUUUAAGCCUCCAACAGCCGAAAAGCCCAGAGCCUGCGUAGCGGUGAAGGGCAUUGACGCUCGACUAAUCCCACAUUUAUGUUCCAGAGAUGUGGUAGCGGUCGAGCUUGAUGUUGCCAAUUCCUUGAGAAGCACGAAGAGGGUGGUGGUGUGCUCCGCGUAUUUUCCUCACGACGAGGGAGCCCCGCCGCCGCCGGAACCGGUGACCAGACUAGUAGAGUACUGCCAGAGUGAGCGGCUUCCCCUGAUAGUGGGGUGCGAUGCUAACUCGCACCACACGGUUUGGGGUAACACGAAUACCAACGAUAGAGGUAGGAGGCUGUUGGAAUUUCUAGCGUCGACGGACCUGGAGAUUCUCAACACAGGUAACGAGUUCACCUUUUGCACGGCGGUGAGGAGAGAGGUUCUCGAUCUUACUGUCUGUUCUAGGUGUACAUCGAGGGAUGUGGUCGGAUGGAGGGUCUCGCGCGAACCUUCACUGUCAGACCAUAGGCAAAUCACCUUCAAGCUGGCUUGGGCCAGAGGUGAGGUGACGACAUUCAGGAAUCCCAGAAGGACCGAUUGGGACUCCUAUCGGGUGGACUUGAAAUGCUAUCUCGAGGGUUUCUCAAGGAGGCACGGGACCGAGGAGCAACUGGAGCUCUGCGUGGAUCAUCUGCAGAGGGCUCUGGUGGAGAGCUACAAAAGGAACUGCCCAGAGAGGGCGGUUAAGAUUUCCAGGGGCAACUCCUGGUGGAGUCCCAAGCUGCAGGAAGUGCGGCUCGGAGGGCCUGGAAUAGGGCCAGGAACACGGGCCGCCAGUCGGAUUAGGAACUUCAUAGAAGGGCCCAAAAAAACUACAGAGACUCUGUGGUAA